UCUAACUGGAGCCAUUGUCUGCCCCACGUGUAGGCCUUAGUAAGGUUUCGUUUUUCUCAUGUAUUUGAUUCCUCCUAGGCCGAGCGCGACAAGGUAAGGUAAACAAAGAAGCGAGGUGAAAACCUGAAGCCAGGUCAUCAAUAUAACAAUUUCAUUCUGUAGUGUAUCAACCACUUUUGUUUAAAAGGACUUAAAGACAAUUUACACGUGAGGGAGGAUAAUUAACUAGACAGUUUACUAGCAGUGACCUGCUUCCGCUGAUGGGUGGUGCUGGUAUCAACAACUAUGUGUUACCCAUCAUGCCUGCUGCAGCCUAAUUUGUGCAGGGGUAGGCAAUUGCAGUGUUGAAAUAGUGUUAGAGGUGGGAGGCAUACGGUGAGAAAAUAGUGCUGUAUACUGAACACAAGGAAGUAGAUCUUUUUUUUUUUUUUUUUUUUUUUUUUUUUUCUUUCCUUUAUGGAAUUCUCCUACAGGUAUCCGUGUCCUGUAAAAAUGAAAAACUGACAGCAGUCUUCCACCUGGAAUAACCUGUGCUGCUUAACAUUAGUUGCUAUAGAUUAGACUUACCAUGGAAUGUGAAGGUUCCAACUGCCUGCAACAGCAAGAAUUUCACCUAUAUCUUAGUGUCACUGAGAGGUCACAUGGAUGCUUUAUUAAUCUGAUUUUUUUUUGACCUGUAUAGCAGUAUAGGAAAGUGGAAACAAAUAGGUAACAGCUUAAUCAAAAGGGGCUGAGAGAACAGGCUUUAACACAGAUUAGUUAAAUUAACUUUUAUUGAAGUUAUAACACAGUGCCAGCAUACACCUUGAUUCUGCAUCUCUGAUUAAAUAAAUAGCUGUAGUUUCCUUUUGGGCCAUGUGUAGUUAUCAGAAUUGCUCUAAACUGGAACGCUGUUAUCAGCAAAGACAUGAGUGCUCUCUCUUUUUAAAGAUCACCAUGCAAGCUCCUUUUUUCCUGAUUAGAUAAUGUUAUGUAGGUUUUCAGUUUAGUGUUCUGUUGGGUUUUUUUUUUCUUUGUUAGACUUCUUAAAAUAUGUGGGGAAAAUCCAUUUUUACAUAACAUGUAGCUUUAUGGAAAAUGAUGCUUUGGUACUGGUGGGUAAUUUGCCCUAUAAGACCUGUGGUUUUUGUUCUUUACGCUUACUGUGGUUUAGAAUAUUUGGCUUGUAAUAUUAAUGUUCUAUUUUUGUUUUAUUUGUUCCUUACCAAACUUUAUCUCUUGAUUGUAUGCAGAAGUACGGAGUAUUUCAAGAUAAUCAGUAGAGAAGUAACUGCAGAUACAAAAAAGGAAUCUUACUCCAGUACAAAAUGGCAUACAGAAAGCUGGCCAAGGAGUACCAUCCUGAUAAGAAUCCAAAUGCGGGGGACAAAUUCAAAGAAAUAAGCUUUGCCUAUGAAGUAUUGUCAAAUCCAGAGAAACGUGAGUUAUAUGAUAGAUAUGGAGAACAGGGUCUCCGAGAAGGUAGUGGUGGAAGCAGUGGAAUGGACGAUAUUUUCUCCCAUAUCUUUGGUGGUGGAUUGUUCAAUUUCAUGGGUGGUCAAAGUAGAAGUCGUAAUGGUAGAAGAAGAGGAGAAGAUAUGAUGCAUCCACUCAAAGUCUCUUUAGAAGAUCUGUAUAAUGGAAAGACAACUAAACUACAACUUAGCAAGAAUGUCCUUUGUAGUGCGUGUAAUGGGCAGGGAGGGAAGGCUGGAGCUGUUCAGAAAUGUAAUGCUUGCCGGGGUAGAGGUGUACGUAUCAUGAUCAGACAGCUGGCUCCUGGAAUGGUUCAGCAGUUUUUAUCUGUCAUCUUCCAGCAUAACAAGAAAUGGAAAAAGGAAAUCUCUGAACUCAAAAUUUGUCUUUCUUUAGGUGAAGUAAUUAAUGAAAAAGACCGCUGUAAAAAAUGUGAAGGGAAGAAGGUGAUCAAAGAGGUCAAAAUACUUGAAGUCCAUGUAGAUAAAGGCAUGAAACAUGGGCAAAGAAUUACAUUCAGUGGAGAAGCAGAUCAGGCUCCAGGUGUGGAACCAGGUGAUAUUGUCCUCUUACUCCAAGAAAAGGAGAAUGAGGUGUUCCAGCGGGAUGGGAAUGACUUGCAUAUGACACACAAGAUUGGACUUGUUGAAGCACUGUGUGGAUUUCAGUUCACAUUUAAGCACCUUGAUGGACGUCAAAUUGUGGUUAAAUAUCCUCCUGGAAAAGUAAUUGAACCAGGUUGUGUUCGUGUAGUCAGAGGCGAAGGAAUGCCACAGUAUCGUAAUCCUUUUGAGAAGGGGGAUCUUUACAUUAAAUUUGACGUUCAGUUUCCUGAAAAUAACUGGAUUAGCCCAGAAAAGCUUUCAGAACUUGAAGAUCUUCUGCCAGCUAGACCUGAAUUUCCCAAUGUAAUUGGCGAUGCAGAAGAGGUAGAUCUUCAGGAAUUUGAUACCACUCGUGGUUCAGGUGGUGGCCAGAGACGUGAAGCUUAUAAUGAUAGUUCUGAUGAAGAAAGCAGCCAUCAUGGACCUGGGGUACAGUGUGCCCAUCAGUAAACGUUUGUCUAAAAAGUUGCACAAGGAUUUUCUUUCAAAUUUUGCCUGACUUGUUUUCAACAAUCCAGCUGGAUUGUAUAAGUAAUCCAGAUGAACCAAUGGACAUCUAUUGCUGUAUGUGUAACUUUUAAAUUGGUCUAUAGUAUCUACAGAGUGUAAUUUAAACUAACCACAAGCUUACAUCUUCAUUUUGACUGUGUAGCAGAAUAAAGCACUUGAAAGGAAGACAAGACUCCUUUUCACAUGGGUUUUAAGUUUGUCCUUGUAUCUGUGCUUGAUUUUUACCAGUUUUGUGUAGAUUUUAAGUUUCAUAUUUUAAAUUCAAAUUCUACAUUGUAAAGUUUGUGUACAAUUUGUCCUGAGGCUUGGUAUUUGGCUGCACCUGCAUAAGCUGCUACAAGUAGAAUAAAGAAUUUCAUAGCCUGUAUCUAUCAUCUAGAUGCAUGGUAAAUGGGCUUUGCACAUAAUGGGUUUAGAGCUGACUGGGAACAAUGGAAGACUAAAUUAGAAGUGGUUGUAAGUUUUUUCUACCAUCUUGUGAACGGUUUCUGAAAUUAAAUAAAAGCAGUUGGUGUAUAAUAUAUUUCUUUUGCCUUGUAACUCUUGCUUUUCCAGUGGCUUUAACUAUUCUGUGUACAAAGAGAUUACAGAGAUGGUAGACAUUUUAUAAACGGAGGCUGAAGCUGCUUUAAGACUAGGUUGCUAUUAGAUAACAAUUGUGUGCCACAUGUAAAAGUGCUUUCUUGAAAUAAGAUAUGACUAAAUGGGCACGGGGAAGGCUGCAGCCAUGUCCCCUUUGUACAAAGAAAAUACAAGGAUAUCUGAGUUCAAUCAGAAGAUAACAAAACCUUGUAAAUGAAGAUGAUCCCAAAAUAAUAUCUUUCUCUCAGCCUUUGAAUCCAGUUGAAAGCCUGAUUCAGUGUGACUUCCUUGAGAAAUGUUUCCAGUUUUAAAAAAAUCUUUGUAAAAAUGUGCGUUAUGCCUGGCAAUUUGAGUUGCAUUAACACAGUUUGUAAAGAGAUUGAGAUUGUACUGGACAAAACCUUUUGACCUGGAAACAAACUAACUGUAGAUGGUUUUAUUACUUUUCUAGUAGUUUGUACUUUGUUUUAACUAUUAAGACAUUAAGUUUUCCAGCUUCAGUUCUGUUCCUUUUUAUAUGCUUUUAAUUGGUAAAACUACCACAACAAAGCAAAUAUGACCUUAAAUAAUUACCAGGUAUGGGUAGUUAUCUCAGCAUUUAGUUACAGUGCUAAGGAACUGUGCACGAACCUCAGUUGGUAAGCUGCUUCUCUGUAGUGAGGUUUUUCUCCCUGUUGAAGUGAGGAAGUUGAAAGAUGCCUCUACUUUUCUUUACAGAUCUGAAGUGUGACUUGUUUAAUUAUUGCUCAGAGAGUUGUUGAUGCUUUACCAAUGAGGUUGAAAGGACAAACUGCAAGGGUUUCCAUGUGCUUGGGUAGGCAUUGGCAUUGAGUGUUGCUGAACAUCCUUGUUACUGACUCUAAAACUGAAGCAAGAAUAAAUACUGUUUGACCUGUAUUUCAUUCACUAUUGACUUCUUACGCUCUGGCAUUCUCAUCUAGUGAAUCUUCAUUUAUUAAAACCUCAGGUUGCUUUUCAUGAAGCCACGGUUACAUACUGAUCCUUUCUCCUGAUACAUUUCUCCAAGAAGUUAGUAAUCUUAACUUGUAAUGCUUAAACAGUUAAAAUGCCUGUCUUCUGCUCUUAAGUGGUAGCUUUAGGAUUUACCUCCGUGGAAAAUGGAGUACGUACUCUGAACUUCUUAUAUCCCUACUUUCCAAUUCCUUUUUUCAGGAGGACAGAGGAAGGGAUUCAUGGUAACUUUCUGGAUAGCAUGCUGAUGUGAAGGGGUGGAAUAUGUAGUGUGUGUUAGUCCAGUUCUGCUUCAGGCCUGAGACCGCAUUAAUUUAGGCUCCUGACAACAGCAUCUUUCAAUAAAGUGGUGACUACUUCAGACUUGCCCUUACCCUCUUAUUAGAGCAGGAGAUACAUAUAGUAUCCCUUUACAAAGUUGUAGUGUAGGAAAACUUCACAUAAAUUCACCAUCUAUGCUGUCUUGGUUUCAAUAUUUGUUGUGAGUGAUGUAUUACUACAGUUACUAAUGCUUCAGUAGUUUACUUGAUGAAGUUUAAUGCUUGACAUAGCUAUUAAUGCAUUAACUGGGCCAAUGGGACUGUCUAUGAAUAAUCAAAUAAACGUUAGUUGAGUGUUCUCUGUAAUAACCAGCUGCAACUUAAGUACUUAUGUUAGAAGAGGUAGUAUAAACAAAUAAGUAGUCUGUCUGUUGAGGGAGCAAGACAUGAUCACCAGAACUUGUAUUAAAACCAUUUUUUAGUUGAUACUUUUUUUUUUUAUGUCUUCAAUAUUGGCCUUAAGAAGCUGAAAGGAAAAAAACCUCACGAAGUCUUGUCCAGCUUAUUUUGUGGCAUAUCUAUUUCUACGUAUAUAGUCAUUAAAAUUGACCUAAGGUUGACUCUCAUAGAAGAAGUCUUCUCUGUCCUCUUAAAUGCGUUUAAUUUACCAAGGUGUUCACAGUGAAUAUUUAUUCAUAAGAUACUGACAGUAGUGUAGUUCUUGCUGACACAAAAGAUGAGGCUGUGUUCUUUUGAAAAAUAGGUUUGCAAGUAAGUUGGAGGUAAUCAGUGGAAGAAAAACUAGCGCUGUUUAAAAAAAUGAAACAUGCCAAAGACUUAUCUCUUAAUAUGCAACACUUUCUCAGUCCUUUAUAUAGGAUGUAAUAGGAGAACAGUGUUUUAGUUAUUAACCCAUAACCUUCCAUUCUGAUCUUAGGCUGAUGCAAGUCUGAAGUUCAAACAAUUGCUGUAAAGGAGGUGUGGGGCAUUUAAUUGUAUUCUUCUCUUUACCAAAUUUAAAAGGAACAUUGUAGAUUAAAGGGAGCUCUGGAGGCUUCCUAGCUUGGUGACAAUUGCUAAGAAUGACUUCAGUUCAUUGAGGAGUCCUUGUGCUUCACUACUGUGUACAUCCCCUGAACUUGCCCUUUUGUCAGGGCCCAGAAGGGCUUUCCCAGCUCUUGAAAGUAGCAUUUAGUCACAAGAAAAGCUAAUUUUGAAAUUGCAGCUCAGAAAAUACUUUAACAAGAGCAGAUGGGAUUAAACACUAGUAGCUAUUUUUGUAACACGACUGCUACCAUACCUAAACCCCAUAGUGCAAUCCCCAGCAAAGGUGUGCUAGCCUGCCUUGCAAAGCCUGCUUGAACACUGUACCUUUUCCAACCAUGCAAGAAAGUGCAGGUGUCAAUACUGCAUUACAAUGUGGGUUAGUGUAGUGUGGGAAUGAAUAGUUAAAUCAUUCCUGUUGAAAUGGCCAUUCACCUCCAGUAAUCAAAAGCUGAUACUACAUUGAUAUGAUGCUGUUAUCAAUUUAAGGGAAAAUGGAUGUUAAUUCAGGUUAAACUACUGAGUUACAGAACUAACUAUUCAUGAUGGCCAUGUUGGUGUACAAGUUCACCAUGAGCCAGCAGGGUGCCCUUGUUGCCAAGAAGGCCAAUGGUAU